AUGGACCCCACCGACGACCCCGUCAUCGCCUCCUACGACAUCUGCCUCACCGACUCAGAAAUCUCGCGCUACGUCCUACAAUACCUCGACCGACCCACGGGCUCCGCCUACGACGACCGCCACGGCCAGAAACCUACUUCCUUCCGCCUGAAGCCCAAGACGGGGCUGGUGGAAGUCGACGUCCCCAUUAACACACGCGUGAAUUACGAUGUCAGCAAGGGAUUGCGCUACGGCGAUGCAUUGAAGAAGAGCAAGAGUGCGCGCGAAGGCGGCGCGUUUGGUAUGGCGGGUGGGUUUAGUUCCGGGGGUGCUGGUGGUGCGCCGGCGAAGGUGAAGAUGGAGGAUGCGACGGAUGCGAAGAAUGAGACGGCGUCGUUGAUGAGGGUGCAGACGCUGGGUGGGAGGAUUAAGAGUCCUGAGGAUGGGGAUCCGGUUUAUAUGUUGGCGGCUUUUAGGGGGGACAAGUUGCAUCUUUCGCCUGUUUCGGCUGUUGUGCAGUUACAUCCGCAGCUUCAUCACCUUGAUGCUUUGGAUGAGAUGCCUACGAAGGGUAAGGGGAAGGCGAGGAAGGAGGGCGAGGAGGAUCGUCCCGGUGAGAGCGAGGCUAGGGCUAUUGAUGUUAAGAUCAAGGCCGCGGAGGAUGGUGAGGCGGCGCAGGUUGCGGGCAAUCUGGAUCUUUUGAAGAAGAUGCAGGAUGAGAAGUGGAAGGAUUAUGAGUGGGUGGAUGCUGAGACUGAGGAGUCGUGGCAAUUGUACGAAAACUACAUGAUGCAUCAGGAUGUGGAUAGUCUACCGCAGCUGCAGUCGGCGAUUGACAGUGAGAGUUAUCUGGAUACGAUGAGUGCGCCGCGGAUUGAUCCUGCGCGACCGGAGAUGACGGGCUGGGCAAUGAAACAGAACCGCAUGAAGCAGCGGGAGGAACAGCAGUCUGCUGAGGGGACAACGGAAGGGUGA